AUGGUGGAUUCUGAGAAUGGCCAGCAAAUUAGCGCCGACGAGAUCGCGCUCUAUGAUCGACAGAUCCGUCUCUGGGGUGUCCAGGCACAGGAAAAGAUUCGAUCUGCCAAAAUUCUUCUAAUUACUGUGAAAGCGCUGUCGAAUGAAGUCGCCAAAAACCUUGUCCUUGCGGGAAUCGGCUCGCUCACGAUUCUAGACCAUGAACCGGUGACGGAUGCCGAUUUGGAUGCGCAGUUCUUCCUGGAAGAAGCGCAUAAGGAUGAGAGUAUUAUCAAGGAUGGAAAAAAGCGAGCCGAAGUUGCAGGUCCCCAGAUCCAUCGCAUGAACCCCCGAGUGGAGCUGAACAUCGACACGGACGACGUUCGAACAAAACAGCCGGAGUUUUUCGCACAAUUCGAUGUCACGAUUGCUACCGAGCUGGACUUUUCAACAAACACAACCAUCAACGCCGCGUGCCGUCUCGCUAAUCGUCCGUUCUACGCUGCCGGUCUACACGGAUUCUACGGCUAUAUCUUUGCCGACCUUAUCUCGCAUGAUUUCGUGAUCGAACGCGCUAAGUCAAACGUCCCCUCUCAGCAGCAAGAAACUCCUACCCGGAGUAUUGUGGAUGUGACAACCAAGAAGGACAACGACAAGAUCAUUGAGCUUGUCACCAAGCGCGAAAAAUACAGCCCUUUCCUUCUCGCGAAUAGCUCUCCUCUGCCCGACGACUUUACCCGUCUACCCCGCCGGCGCAAGCAGAUCACUCCGUUGCUGAGCUGUCUCCGCGCCCUUUGGGAGUUUGAGAAAAACUCCGGCGGCCGUCGCCCCACCUUCCAGCAUACAGACCUAGAGUUGUUCACCAAGAUGUCAAGAGAAAGGCACCAAGAGCUCAAGCUGGACCUCGCUACGCUGGACUCUACAUUCUUGCGCUCGUUCUUGCAGAAUCUGGGCUGUGAAUUGAGUCCCGUGGCUGCUUUCCUGGGUGGCGCCCUUGCACAGGACGUAAUUAAUGUUCUUUCGGCGAGGGAACAGCCGUUGCAGAACAUGCUUCUGUUUGACGGCGAGAAAUCUCAGGGUCCAAUUUACCCGCUUCAUCCAUUCUUCCCUGCUGAAUUGGGUAUGGAAUCCCUUGCUGCUGUUCCGCCGGUUAGCAAUGCUAUUCCAAGUCAUCCUGCUCCACCGACAACCACGUCGUAG